AGGGUAAAAAGGAGUCGAGCCAGCCGAAGAAACCCCCAGAGGAAGCUGCCGUUUUUGACGUCUCGUAUGCUCGAUUUCGCUGGAAUCCUCCGCGAUUGAUUUUACCGCACAGCGGAAAAGGAGAUAAACACGAUAAAAAUCUAAGGAAAACACAAUCCAUCUUCUCUUCGUCCGCCGCCUCCUCCUCCUAUCUCCAUUGGUAGCGCCUUAAUCUGACCCCUGUCCAGCCCGCCGCCAUGGAGGCGCUGACGGCCACAGACAAAUGCUUCUCCCCCGCCAGGUCGAUGUCCCCGAUGCCGAUUAUGAGGCCCCCUACAUCACCGGACGCUGCCAGUCAGUAUAUGGAGGAGUUGCUGCAGGAGCAACAGAAGCUCGGGCCCUUCGUGCAGGUGCUCCCAAUUUGCGGCAGGCUGUUGAAUCAAGAGAUAAUGAGAAUAUCAAGCAUGCUUUCACACCUUGGGGUUAGGGGAAAUGAGAGGCUGCCACCAAUUGCAAGUCCAAAUCAUAUGCAUCCAUUGUCCCGAGUGCCCAAUUUCUGUGGAAACGGUUUUGGUCCGUGGAAUGGGAUGCAACCUGAGAGAAAUGGUUUUCCUAGGGGAGCCAUGGGCUGGCAAGGUGCUGCACAGAACCCUUCCUCUUACAUCGUCAAGAAGAUUGUGCGAUUAGAAGUACCAACAGAUGCUUACCCUAACUUCAACUUCAUUGGCCGUCUGCUUGGGCCAAGGGGUCACUCACUGAAGAGAGUUGAAGCUACUACAGGCUGCCGUGUUUUCAUUAGAGGGAAGGGAUCCAUCAAAGAUCCUGUAAAGGAGGAACAGUACAAGGGAAGGCCUGGCUAUGAACACUUGGGAGAUCCAACACAUAUCUUGAUUGAGGCUGAAUUACCUGCUGAUGUCAUUGACGCUAGACUGGCACAAGCACAGGAGAUACUAGAGGAGUUGCUGAAACCAGUGGAUGAGUCACAAGACAACAUCAAGAGGCAACAACUUCGAGAACUUGCUAUGCUGAACUCAGUAUAUCGAGAGGAUAGCCCACAUCAGAACGGCAGUGCUUCUCCCUUCAGCAAUGGCGGCACAAAACAGUGAGUGUGGGACUCAAUGUCCUCAGCCCCGAUCCUUGCAGAAACUUUCUCCCCAAUCCUGCUCUCAUGACAGACAUAGCUUUUCUGAUGCUCAAGCUCCCGUGAUGGUUUUGGAAUUCAUACCAUUGCUAGCUGGUGAUUUUGAUCUCCCUUGUGACGUUGACUCGUGGCUGAGAUGACUAGUAGUGAACAAAAUCCUCCAUGGCUGUGUACUUAGGAUACUUAUUUGAUUUUGUCGUUGUCGCCGACUAUUAGUGCUGAUAGUGCAGAGAGAUUUCCAGGAUUUUAAGCUAUUUGAUUGACUAUGAAGUAAUGCCUGUGCAACAUACAAUUUGAUCAUGAUAGUGAUUUUUUAAAACAUAUUUCUGA